AUCGCCACACGCUUCAGUGGCGGUGCAUGCCGGGAAAUGUAGUUCAACGGAGCCGCGACUGCGCAUGUGCCUCAGCCUCUAGGCUUUUCCAAUUAGGAUGUCGGUGCACUUCGAGGAGAAAAGCGGGGUGGUGCCGUGUAAGACUCCGUGGGGCUGCUGGUACCAGACCAUGGAGGAGGUCUUCAUUGAGGUGCAGGUGCCGGCUGGCACACAGAGCCGGGAUGUCCGAUGUAGACUGAGGAUCAGAGACAUAACGCUGGCCGUGCGGGACAAGCAAAUCCUAGAGGGACGACUUUAUGAUUCUACAAAAAGUGAUGAAAGUACAUGGACUUUAGAGGACAAAAAACUUAUACGAAUAGUAUUAACGAAGUCCAACCGGGAUGCAGGCAAUUGCUGGCCCUCUUUACUGGAAGGAGAAUAUUCUGCUGAUCCAUGGCUUCAGGAUCAGAUGCAAAAGAAGUUGACAUUAGAAAGGUUUCAAAGAGAGAACCCUGGCUUUGACUUCAGCGGAGCAGAAAUCUCAGGAAACUACAGUAAAGGUGGACCUGACUUCUCUGGUUUACAAAAUUAAUCCUGUUCUAAUGUGAACACCAAUUAAAAUGAUCUAAUUUUAUUUUUUAUAUUUGGAAAUGACAUUUUGGAAAUCUUUUUAUUGAGUCAUCUAUCAUAAAUUUGUACUUGUCCAAACGAUUUCUAGUAAAGUGAAGCGAUUUCUUCAUAA